UAUUGGUAUUGCCUCGAUUGUUUUCACUGUUGCAGAACAUUUUGUUUCGAUUUCAGAAUAUUUGUGUUAUCAUCUGAGCGCCGUUUGUUACUAUUAAUUCUACAUCGAAACCACGGUAAAAUUAAAGUGCAGUCGGGAGAAUUGUGGGCUUAAAAGUCACAUUUGACAUCUGUGAGGACAGAGUCAGGACAAAACACGCAGGCCAUGGCGUUUCAGGUGUCAAAACUUGCCACUCGUGUUUCACUCUCAAAUAGCGUUGGAUUGAUAUCCAGCGCUGAAAACAGAUGCCCGAGUCAUGUAAAGUCUGUCAGCAAAUUCGCACAAAGCUUAACCGAGCGCUCUUUUCACACACUAUGCAGCGCAGGUAAAGGGCUAUUGCGUUCUCAGAUGGUCUUUCCUAAAACACAGUGGGAGAAGGUCUCGACAGCUUCAAUUUCACUCUUAUCAUUGAAGCCCCGCGGCUCCAUCAGAGUUGCCCUCGGUGCUGUUGGGCUGUCAGCUGCGGUCAUCGCGACUCUGCACACGGGCACACUGCUCGCCAUGAGCGAGCGGACACACCUGAACCUGCAUUCACCCAACACUGACUGGAAAGAGUCAAAGAAUCAGCUUUGCUCUAUGGAUAGAGAAAAUAGGAGGAAAGUGUACAAGGACUACAUUCCUCUGGAGAAGAUUCUUGUCUGGACUCCAUCAGGUGACUCCUUUUGUUCACCUCACUGCAAACCCAAUGAAGAACUGAACAAGAAAAUAUCCCUCUUCUGUGGUGACAUCACCAAACUGGAGAUUGAUGCGAUUGCCAAUGCAGCUAACAAGACACUGCUGGGUGGAGGAGGAGUGGAUGGUGCCAUUCAUCGCGGAGCCGGUCCUCUGCUGAGAAAGGAAUGUGCGACUUUGAACGGCUGUGAAACAGGGGAGGCCAAGAUGACCGGAGCCUACGGCCUGCCUGCAAGAUAUGUCAUUCACACCGUGGGACCAAUAGUCAAAGAUUUGGUGGGGAAGAGAGAGGAACAAGCGCUGAGAAACUGUUAUUAUAACUGCCUGCACACAGCGACUAAAAACCACCUGCGGACUGUGGCUUUUCCCUGUAUCUCAACUGGAGUAUAUGGAUACCCUCCUGAUCAAGCAGUCGAAGUUGCCCUGAAAACAGUGAGAGAAUACCUGGAGGAAAAUCAUGAGAAGUUGGACCGGGUCAUCUUCUGUGUGUUUCUGAAGUCUGACAAAGAGCUGUAUGAGAAGAGGCUGUCUGCCUACUUCCCACAAGCCUGCAGACCAGUCAGUGACAUCAGUUAGAGGACAGGUUCACCACUAAAGAGCAAAUUAUGAGAAGAUAUCAUAGUUGCUGUGGAAACGCCACACAAGUUCAACCUGCUUCUCCGUCACAUCUAUGUGUCUCACAUUUACCUGAUGCUGCCCAACAAACAACAAUGGCAAUAUCAAUAACAGCUGCCUGACACCAUCUGAGUCAUUCAAAUUGCCAAGCAAUAUGACAAUAAAAUUCAGUGAUUGAUAUAAAUUUCCCAGUGGAGCCAUAUUGCUAUUGGAUUGACAAAAGUGUCAGCCUAAAAUUGUAAUGUCUUAGCAAAGCAUUAACAGCAAAAAAUGACUAAACAAAUGAAUAAACAUUUACUUUGAGGAAGUUAUUAUUUGAAAUUGAUUCAGAAAGCAUACCUGAGCCUUCAUAAAACAUUUAUGUCUCAAAUCCAGCAUCUGAUAAAUCUACUUAUGGCAUAGUCAAGGGGUUUUCAAACUGGGAUCUGUGGGGCACAAGGGGGGUGCUGUGGGUUCUGCAGAAAUUUUCAUUGAAAAUAGGUGUAAACAUUGUAUUAGAUAAAUAAAUAAAUAUUCACCAAAUUUGGCAUUAUUGUUGUUUUAUUCUACUUUCUAAAGACUACACAUUAAUUGAAAAUGUUUUUCUUCAGGUUUGUACAAUUAUUUUAAGUGUGGAAAUUUUUUUUUUUUAAUAUUUUCCAGAAAAUAUUUUUAUAAUUUAUUUUGACUUUAGAACAACAAAUUUGUUUUAAUUAAUUACACAGGGAGUUGUUGGCCUGCUAUGGCAUUGCUCUCUGACGCACCUCCUCUGGUGCCCAUAGUUCAGCUGCAAGGUUGUCAGCCAGCUCAAUAACAUUUCACUCCUUUUAACCCGGAACUUCUCCUGGUGGCAGAGCAGUGGCAGGGACAUCUUCUCUGCCUCUUCAGCCAGGUCUUUCAAGGCCUUAUGCUGGUUCACUCCAGUUACUCCCAUAUCCCUCAGGAGUCAAAGCGCUGAUGUUCCAACUGAACAAAACAGAGGCAUCCUAAUUCUACCAGGUAGAUGAUGGUUCUCCAGCCAGCCUCCUUGCAAUCAGAGCCAAGAUCUGAGUACUUCAGCUUCUUCCUCUCAAAGGCAGCUUCUGCUCCCUCCUUCCAUGAGAUCGUUAGCUCAAUGAGGAGCACGGUCUUAGCGUCGCUGGACCACAUCACUAUGUCAGGGAGAAGACUUGUUUUUCCAAACUGUUUGCAAGGAAUAGCCCCACUAGAUCUAUGCCUUGCAUAGUCAAUUGGUCUAAAUCCGAAGCUUUGGCUCUGACAGAGAUUGACAAAGGUGGGCUAGGCCUAUCCAAGGUUUUGUUUUAUUAUUAUGCAUUUGGUCUCAGACAUUUGGCUCAUUUGUCUCUUCCACCUGAGAGAGCCCCUCCCUUGUUUUGUAUUGAACAGAAAGUUCUGGCCCCUAUUUCACCAUUGCAAAGCCUUUCUAUCAAACUUACCAGAGAAGUUAAGUUACACCCUGUUGUCUCGCAUUUGCACUUGGUGUGGACAAAAGUUUCCAGAGUGUUUAAUUCAGACAUUUAUUUAAACGUUGCCUUGAUCAUAUGGCUGAACCCCAAAUUAUGUAUCAGCAAUUCCCCUUUUUGCUGUUUAGCGUGGAUUGUGAGGGGGGGGUCACUACACUCAGUGACCUGUAUGAGAAUAGUGUUGAGAUUCUUUAAAAAUUUGGUUCAACAUUUUGGGAUUCUCAGAUCUGAGUUCUGUAAGUAUUUACAGCUGCGCCACCUGCUCUGUACUGUUUUUGGGAGUAGCAUACACCCCCCUAAAGUGGCAGAUACUCUGGGAGUGGUGAUUACUGCUUUUGGAAAAGGUCAUGAGGCAUCAGUGUAUUACAACUUGCUAAUUCAGAGUCUGGGGGACAGAACUCCAACUUCUCUUAAGAGAUUAUGGGAGAAAGAUCUAAUCUUGGUAUUGGAGGAGGGAGUGUGGGCUAUGAUUCUACAUCAUCAAGUCUACAUCUAGUGAUGCAAGGGUUUGCGUAAUGCAAUUCAAGAUUUUACAUAGAGUAUAUUGGACUCCCUCUAGAUUGCAUAGGCUUGGUUUCGAAGACACACCCACCUGCUGGCAAUGUUAAUCAGACGAUGGAGACACAACCCAUGUCUUUUGGGGAUGUGUUAAAAUCUACGAAUUGUGGUUGAAGAUUCAUAGUUUUAUGUGUGAGGUAUUGGGCUAGGUGAUGGGGAGGUCAUUGAUAUGGAGAAUAAGCACAUAAAAAAGAACUUAUGAGAGUUGUGAGGGUUAAAUAUUGAUUAUGUGUGUAUAUUUGUUUGCUUUUCAUUGUUUAAUAGAUGAAUCAAUAAAACAU